GUAUGGAGUGGUAACACGUGUAGAUAAGCUAUUAAAAUGUAUUCGAGAUAAAUCUUCAUUUUUAUCAAAUGAUAAUUUUAAGCUAACGUCAUUGAUAAUGUUUUGAUACGUGCGUUAAAGAUUAUACGUCUCAGUUUCUUUUUGCAAAUUUCUUAAUAGCACGUGUUAUGACAACAUUGGACAACACGAAACAAAGUGGUCGAGUCAUUCGACAAAAAAUAAAAAAGUCCUUUAAAAAUGCUUGCAGUGUGAAAUCAGCUAAGAAAAGAUUUCCAAUAAUAGAAUGGCUGCCAAAGUACAACGGCACUUUAUUUAUUCAAGACUUAAUAGCAGGAGUUACAGUUGGAUUGACAGCUAUACCUCAAGGUAUAGCCUACGCUAUUGUAGCCGGACUUUCGCCUGAAUAUGGGCUUUAUGCUGGCCUUAUGGGAGGAUUCGUAUACUUGUUCGUUGGGAGCUGCAAAGAUAUAACAGUUGGACCUACGGCAAUUAUGGCAGCGAUGACCUCGAAAUACGUAUUUGGCCUCUCAGCAGACUUUGCCGUAUUAGCGUCAUUUCUCUCAGGAAUACUUAUACUAGCCAUGGGCAUAUUCAACCUUGGAUUUUUAGUGGAGUUCAUAUCACAACCUGUAAUCAGUGGAUUCACUACUGCAGCCGCUCUUCAAAUAGCAGCAGCACAGCUUAAAGGAUUGUUCGGUCUUACUGGAUCAGGGGGUAACUAUUUUGCUCAAUCCAUGUAUAAUUUCUUUAACAAUUUCCUGACCAUUAAACUCUGGGAUACGUUGUUAGGAUUUACUACCAUAAUAAUUUUGCUGUUACUAAAACGCCUCGGUGAAGGCUGUGGACGGACGGAUGGAUUUGUGAAGCAAACUAGAUGGUUUAUAUCUCUUGGUCGAAACGCCGUUGUUGUCAUCUUUGGUAUCAUCGUUGCUUACAUUUUGAAACAAGUGACUGAUUCCGAGCCUGUAUUAUUGAUAGGAGAUAUCGGCAGUGGCUUGCCAAAAUUUCAACUUCCGCCAUUUAGUACAACAGUUGGGAACGAAACGUAUAGUUUUAGUGACAUGGCCAAAACAUUAGGACCUGAAGCUAUUAUUCUACCACUGGUUGCAAUUUUAGAAUUAAUCGCCAUUGCUAAAGCCUUUGCUGGAGGAGUACCAAUAAAUGCUACUCAAGAAAUGAUUGCUCUUGGCCUAUGUAACAUUUUUGGAUCAUUUGUACGAGGCAUGCCAGUUACAGGAUCAUUUACACGUACCGCUCUAAAUUAUGCUUCAGGAGUACAAACUCAAGCUGGAGGUAUUUUCACAGGACUGUUAAUAAUUUUGGCAUUAAGUUUACUGACUUCAGUGUUCUACUACAUACCAAAAGCUUCACUAGCUGGUUUGAUAAUAACAGCUAUGUUUUACAUGGUUGACUUUAUGAUAAUCAGAAGACUAUGGACGAGUAGUAAAAAGGAACUAUUCAUAUUAAUUGCUACAAUAUUGGUAUGUCUUUUCAAAGGUCUAGAAUAUGGAAUAGUAGCAGGCAUUUUGAUUGAUGCUUUUAUUUUGCUGUACACAACUGCUAAACCAACUAUAGAAGUAAAUAUCUUAAGGGAAGAUAAAGGAAUUAUGACUGUACUUGUUUUGCCAGAGAGUUUGCCGUAUUGUUCAGCAGAUCAUACGAGACGAGUGAUAGUGAAAGCAUCUUUUGAGGGCGGAUUAGAUACUUUGAUGAUCAUUGACGGAAGUAAUCUUAGAGAUAUGGAUACAACAGUGGCAUCGAAUAUCAUAACAGUUGUCAAAGACUUAGAUAAGAAGUCACGACGUAUUGUACUUCUUAACUUCAAUAGUUUAUUAAAAAAAAUGUGCAUUGACAUUAAUUCUAGUAUUAGUGAUAAAUUUCUUAAUGCAGUUAGUGCAGAUAGUUUGUUGGAAGUAUCCACUAGAAGUGUUUGAAAGUGAAAUAAAUAGACUUUAAAUUGAAUAAUUGCUUU